AUGAAAACCUUAGUCGCAGUCGUGGCCCUGGCCACUGCCCUGGCUGCCCCUCUUGUCUCGGCCAUCCACCUCACUCCCCGCUCCGGCUCUUCGCCUAGAACCAUCAGCCUGCCGCUACAGAGAAGACAUGUCCCCGAUGUCCUCGCCCAUGAAAGAUCUCGCUUGAGAAAACGACAGACGCAAAACACUGUCGAGCAGACCCUGGAUAAUGAACAAUCCCUCUACUAUGCUAACAUUACGCUGGGAACACCCGCCCAGCCUCUGCGCCUGCAUAUCGACACGGGCAGCUCCGAUCUAUGGGUCAACACUGCCAGCUCUUCCUUCUGCGAGUCCAGUCAGGAUCCCUGUGAGGGCGGUACCUACGACUCCUCGGCCUCGUCUACCUAUAAGCUCAUCAAUGACCAGUUCAACAUCUCCUAUGUCGACGGCACGGGAGCGGUAGGUGACUACGUGGCUGACAGCCUGGAAUUCGGCGGCAUCACCCUGACAGACUUCCAAUUUGGCAUUGGCCAGACAUCCUCUUCGCAACAAGGCGUGCUGGGAAUUGGUUACAUGUCCAAUGAAGUCCAGGUUCAAAAUGCGGGAAUGGACGCCUACCCAAACUUGCCCGAAGCACUCGUCAAAGCCGGCCACAUCGCCUCCAACGCCUACAGCCUUUGGCUGAAUGAUCUGGAGGCCUCGACUGGUGAGAUCCUUUUCGGUGGCGUCAACACCGAAAAAUAUGAGGGAGAACUCGCUACAAUACCCAUCAUCCCUAGCAACGGGGUUUAUUUCCAACUCGCCAUUGCCCUUACUGGCUUGGUGAGCGCCGGCUCCGACCUCUCCUCUUCCUCCUCCUUGCCCGCUGCCGUCCUGCUCGACUCCGGCGCCACCCUCUCCUACUUGCCCAACGACAUCACCCAGGAGAUCUACAACCAAGUCCAAGCUGUAUAUCAAUCUGACGUUGGCGCUGCCUAUGCGCCCUGCAGUUUGUCCUCCUCUUCGGCUACGAUCGACUUCACCUUCUCCGGCCAAACCAUUCGCGUACCGUACAAUGAGCUAUUCCUCGGCGCGAGCGUGAAUAACUUCGGGCAACCCAUGACCUUCCAGAACGGUGAGGAGGCCUGCUUGUUCGGGAUCGCCCCCGCUCAAGGCGGAAUGGCGGUCCUUGGAGACACAUUUUUGAGGAGCGCCUACGUGGUCUACGAUUUGGCGAACAAUGAAAUCUCCCUCGCCCAAACAGUCUUCAAUUCCACGAGCAACAACGUCCAGGAAAUCACAGUGGGCGAGAAAGCUGUGCCCAACGCGACUCCAGUGGCCACUCCUGUCACGGAUGUGUCUGCGGGUACCGCAGGAGCCAGGCUGGGCGAGGCCACGUCUAGCUCCGGACUCGGAAACGCUGGCUCUCAGGACAAGGGGAGUGCACGACCAAUGGCUGCCAUGGUAGCUGCUGUUGUGGCUGUCGCUGCGCUUGUCGCAUAA